AUGCUAAAAUAUUCUGGGCAAGGGGAAGAAAACAAGGAGUACAGGAAGGAGGUCCUGAAGUCGCUUGAGGACCAGCAAAACAGAAUAGAAGAGGAGAAGGGAACCCUCAAGGAGGAGAAGGAGAAGCUCAGAAUCAAGGAGGAGAGGCUUCAAGAGCAGAUCAAGGAGGAGAAGCAGGAGCUCAGAAUCAAGGAGGAGAAGCUUCAAAAGCAGAUCAAGGAGGAGAAGGAGAAGCUUAGAAUCAAGAGGGAGAAGCUUGAAUUGAAGGAGGAAGACAGCAUUUGCUGGACAGAGAUAGCUUGGAAUUGUGAUACAGUUGGGCACAAAGAGGGGGGCAAUCUUUUCUGUCUCGGUGGAUCCUUUGUGGAUCAGUUCAGCUCCGGGCAAGCAAAACAGGAGGUGCUCUACUGCAGGGAAUGCUUCAAUGAGCAGUGGCGUUUCAUCGAGGAGAAGGUGUGCAAGGCCGGGUGUUUGGGUUGGAUCCUGGGCCCUCCAGGAACGGGGAAGACGAUGACAACCAUGUCCUUCCUCCUAUCGCUGAGCAAGGACAAGAAAUGGGGAGUGAUGUGCGUACGGGUGUGGAAGUGGGGUCCAGUCAAAGUCCUACAAGUCGAUCAAGGAGUGUUGAGAGUUGUUGAGCUGACACGCAAUGAGAUUGACAAGGGGCUGAGGAGGAUUCUUCGGGAAUGGACACAGAGCGACAAGAAGUAUCUCGUGUCCUUGGACGGUUAUCAACAGGGGUCACAUGAGUCUGUGCUUACUGAAUGUGUAUUGUGGCUCCACCAGGACCGGGCCAAUCGGCGGGUUGUAAUCACGACAUCGAUGAAUUCUCGAGCAAAGAAAAAACCUGAGCAAGAUAGAAAUGAGAAAGUAGAGGAGCUGAUGGUGUACUCGUGGACACUGGAGGAGUACCUGGAGGCCAUUAGGCACGAGUUGUUCUACGUGAGUGUGGCUGGAGUGAUGGAAUGGAGCUUGGAAUCGAAUGUGACAGAAGCAGAGAAAAGGUCUAGAGAGGUGGAGUCGAAGUUUCAGAUUGUUGGAGGCUCAUGCCGAUAUAUGUUCGAACAUACGACAGAGAAAGCAAUCAACGAUCUUCGUCAAGCGAUGGACAGUGUCGCUGAUUACAAGAAGCUCAUUGACAUGAGCAUGGGCGAUACUUCAGACCAGUUUGUCAAUCGGCUACAGGGGAAGUAUCGCAUGGGAAGCCAAGUGUACUGGACGCCUGUGAGCAGGUUUGUUGCCACGGAGCUAGCACAGAGGCUUGGAGAAUCUUUUGUGAGGGAGAUUGAGGAGCUCUCUGGCAUUGCUGCGAAUCCGACACUUAAGGGUGUGUUGUUUGAGAUGCUGUUCUUUGCUCGGAUAGGACGAGAGCCAGGGCUGCAGGUAUUGCUCAGGUCAGGGAGGGAGUCAGAGCCACCAGGCGUGCCAGAGAAAUGGGACCGCUGGGAAUUGUACGCUGUGAAAGAUCUGGACACAAGCGAAAUCGACGAGGCUCGGAGGAAUGGGAUGACGCGGAUGUGCCUGAAGCCAUUGAAAUGGAAUCAAGGAGGCUACGAUGCAGUGAUCGUGGACUGGAACAAGACGUCGGUGUGUUUCGUGCAAGUGACCAUUGCGGAGACACAUGACCUCAAACUGCGAUACAUGUCUGAGUGCCUGGAUUCUUUGGGCGUUGAGCCAGGGGGGAACUGGGAGGUGAGGAUUGUGUUUAUCGUUAAGAAGGAGAACCUCUACAAGUUCGCAGUGAGACAUGUGGAAAACAAAGACAUACUUUUAAGAAAGUACGGGUGGGCAUACAGCCAGGAGGAGAUUGAUGCUAAUGUUGUCGGGAUGGACUCAGGACCGCGAAGGUAG